AUGCUUGCGAGGCAUAUAGGCUCCAUAAGGGAGAAAUCUGCUUUGGCCUCUGGGAAUGAAUGCUUACCUGAAGCACGAUCUGCUUUAGCGUCAACACUCAUUCUCUACAAUGUUGAGCUUCUUGGCGCGGAGGGGGUGAAAUGGAGAAUGCAUUUGAAGGGUGCUCGCGUCAUAAAUCAGUGGCUCGAGCAGUCUUUCUCUCAAGUUGCUUCAAUUGGCGAAAUUGACAAGUUCUUAACCUAUGAGCACUACUACUCUAGCGUUUUCGCAGAUCUCACGACAUUUGACACGACGAACGAGCCACCCAAAGAAAGUCUACAAAGUAUGGGCGAUGUUGCUGUCUUCGGCGACUUCGUUCGCGUCAUUCAACUGGUGACCAAACUCGAAAGAUCAAAAUAUGAUCAAAAAAUUUCCAUCAGUCACUGCCAAUUCCAAGAAAUUCUCCAGGCAGUGGAAAUGGCGAAGGAUUCUAUGAUCUUGUUUGGCCAACAGUUUUAUUUUUGGAGUGACCGGGCUCAGCAAGACUUCCAGCAUCUGGUAUUCGUGUUUUACUAUGCCAUCCAGGUCUAUACUUACCGUGCCAUUUCCUAUGAUUUAUUGGCCGACCGUCAUAUUCAAGUCUCCAGGGAUUCAAUUUUAGAACAUCUGGAUCACCUGUCAGACAAGAGAAAUUUUGCACAUGACCUUGUUUGGCCUUUGUUCAUCCUGGGUACGGAAAGUAGAGAGGAUGAAAGGAUACAGAAUGUGGUCUCUACCGAGAUGGAAGCCGUUAUGAAGAUCAGUGGCGCUCUGGAUCGAAAAAAGGUGUUGUCAUUUUUACAACACUACUGGUCGGCCGAUUUGGCAAGUGGCGUCACAUGGAUACAGUUCAUGAGAGAUUUUAUACCCGAAAAUAGCAUGUUAAUUCUAUGA